GCGGCUGUAGAACCGGUGGACUUGAUGACUGGCAAGAGAAUGCGCCCGGGAUCCUUGGAUCGUUCCGACCAGGAUAUCGACGGGACAGGCCUGCAUUUUGAGCGGCAAGGCAAGGCUCGACUUACUGGUCGGAAGCUAGCCAAUGCGGUCAGGGUUGACUUGUUUACAUCAGUGGCGAAGUUGCUGCGCGAGCUGGUGACUCACCGCCCUGCGGUGGUGGUGGGAAGAGGCCAGGGGGCGGUCGUGGUUUUGGCUGCCUCCAAGCCCUUGAUCGUUGAAGCCGUGCUGCUGGCAAGGGUUUUCCAACGGGACGAAUGCCGAGCGGUGGCAGCGGCCUGGGGAGCCGUUAAACUGGCGGUCGCGGAAGUCCCAAGGCUGAGUAGGGCGAAGCCGGGUUGGACGGUGCUUUGGGAGGCUUGUCCUGAGUUCAAGCUCUCCUCCCCUAUCAAGCCAUGGCCAGUGGAAGCUGUGUUGCCUAAAGGUACUCCGAGCGUAGUGGAACUUAAGUCGGCGUGUGAAGACUUGAAGAUUUCCGUUGCGGAAGCGAUGGGAACUACAGCUUGGGGCCCGUGGCUGGAACGCGAAACGAAGGAAGCCUGGGAGCACAGUGGAGUCUGCGCGUGCGGACGAAGGACCGCGUUGUUCGGCCAAUGUAUGAAGUGCAUCGCUGAAGAUCUGAGUGAAGACCGUGCCUCAAUAACACCCGAAGCGGGAUCAGUUCCUGGCAUCGAGGUGUUGGCCGGUGCUUCGACAGAUGUCUCUCGGACGGAGCUCUUCCGAGGAGAGCUUCGGACUUGGCUUUCGAGCGGUGACCGAAAGAGCUUGUUGAAAGGAAUGGUUCUGGUUGAGGUCCGCUGGAAGCGAGGAGAGAGGCUGUUGGUGGAGAGGCCCGACGGCUGGAGGAACCGGAGCGGCGUGACGGUGUACACCUUGGACGGCAAACUGCCCUUGGAGCUGUGUCACGUAGUGAGUCCGGAGUGGCCGUUGGACCUCACCCAGCGAUGGCGAAGGAAACCUGGAGACCAGUUCUGGGUCCAGCACUGGACGGUCGUGGAAAGGACCCUGCGCGAAAUUGCCCAGUACGCGAGAGAUCGUGGAGGCUUAGACGAAGCCGGCCGCGACUGCAAGGAAGCCUUGGAAAGCUUCUUCGCGUUCGCCGGCCACUAUGCCCGCGGGCUGGUGGUAACUUGGGAGCAAUUGCCCGAGCGUUUCCGAAAAGGACCCGAGAGCAACGUGCUGUGGUUUGAAGAAAGACCAGAAGGUGGUUGGACCUGGACGUUUGAGAAGGUCGGGCCAGGACAUCAACCGAGGGUUGAAGGAAGAAUUUAUCUGGUGCUGGGGGCGGAAUCGCGCGACCCAGACCGACUGUUGUUGGUCCCCGGGUCGCCGCCUAUCCCUUAUAGCUUCCAGAAAGAAGGAGCAGCUCCGAGGGACUCGAGAGGGUAUCCCUCCGAGUCCUCGGACGCGGGAGAAAAGGCAGUUAGGGUGCCGGAGCGUUGGCUGGAAGAUGCGGCCCGAGCGCGAGAAAGGACGCGGGGCGAACUGCAGGACCAGACAGACUUCAAAGUGGGAGUCGACCUCCGAGUGACUUGGGCUGCUGAGCAGAAGAAAGACCAAGCCUUA